AUGAGAACUCGAAACGCGGAUUCGUCUUCCAAACCCGUAACCCCUAAGAAGCCACCGCCGGCGAAAAAACCCGCCGGAGAAUCUUUCGUCGCAAAGCGCACGCCUCCAUCCAAAACCAGAAACGCCAAGAAGGCGGAUGCAUCACCCGCAACCGAACCUUUACCUGAUUCCAAUCCGGAUCAAUCUGAGCAGCAAAAAUCGAUAGCUAGUGCUACUACCGCUACGAAAUCUGCGAAGAGGAAAACACCGGGUAAAACGAGGACAACGGUUGUUGUCAAUACUCCAAAUUUGGAAGAGCAAUUGGAGGCUGAAGUUGGUGAAGCGGCAGAGAAAGUGGUAGAAGCUGGAAAUGUUAGCGACAUUGGUGCAGAUGGGAGGGAACUAAAGGCCAUGGAAAUGGAUGAACCUGUUGUUGUGAAAGUUUGUGAGUUGGGUGAAAAGGGGAAGAACGUGGAAGAUAGUGAAGCCAUUGUUUCUCAAGAGGCUCCUCUUUCUUUUAAUCAGCUAGGAUGCACUGUCAUGGAUCUUAAUAUAUCUGUGGCUGAUAAUGAAGAUUAUACUGCUGCAAAGGAAGGAGAGGAAGCGUUGAAAGAAGAAGAAUUGAAUGUAGCAGAGGAAGAGAGAGAUAAGGAAGAGUUGAAAGCACGCGAAGGAAAAAAGGGAAAGGAUGAGCUGAACGAUCUAGGAGAGAAAGGAAAAGAAGAGUUGAACCAACAAAAAAGAGAGAAAGAAAUUUUCGAGUUUAAAAUACAGGAAGGUGAGAAAGGAAAGGAAGAGCUGAAAGAACAGGAAGUAGAGAAAGGAAAAGAAGAGUUGAAGGAGCACGAAGAAGAGAAGGGAAACGAAAUGUUAAAAGAACCGGUACGAGAGAAGGAAAAAGAAGAGUUUAAAGAACAUGAAGCACAAAAAGGAAAUGAAGAGUUUAAUGAUGAGAAAUUAGAAAAAGCAAAAGGAGAGGAAACAAACAUUAUUGGACAUGAAGAGCACUCUAGUGUAGAAGUUCAAGCCCAACCGCAAAAAGAAUUUGAUCCUGAAAAUUAUGGUGUUGAAGGGCCAAAGAGUGGUGAGUUGAUAGAUCUUGAAGAACAAGGGAGGGUGGAGCUUGAGGAGGAAGAUCUAGAGGAAGAUCCAGAGGAAGAUCCAGAAGAAGAUCCAGAGGAACCGUCCGAAGAAACCGAGACAUUGGAUGAAGAGCAUAUCGAUUUUGAAGCCAUUGCAAAGCAACGAAAGAUUAGGAAAGAGCAUGAGAUAUUUGUUGGUGGGUUGGAUCGUGAUGCUACUGAGGAAGAUCUGAGAAAGGUUUUUCAGAGGAUUGGGGAGGUAGUGGAAGUUAGGAUGCAUAAAAAUUCGGCAACAAAUAAAAAUAAGGGCUAUGCUUUUGUGAAGUUUGCCAUUAAGGAGCACGCAAAAAAAGCUUUGUCUGAAAUGAAGAACCCUGUUAUAAAGGGAAAACGGUGUGGCACCGCACCUAGUGAGGAUAAUGACACAUUAUUCUUGGGAAAUAUUUCCAAUAAAUGGACAAAAGAAAUUAUUAAACAGAAGCUGAAGGACUAUGGUGUCGAAGGGGUUGAAAACAUUACACUCGUACCAGAUGUUCAACAUGAAGGCUUGAGCCGGGGCUUUGCAUUCCUUGAGUUUUUUUGUCAUGCUGAUGCCAUGCUUGCAUACAAGAGACUUCAAAAGCCCGAUGUCAUAUUUGGUCAUGCUGAGCGAACUGCUAAGGUAGCCUUUGCCGAACCGGUACGUGAACCAGACCCAGAGAUAAUGGCACAAGUGAAGUCUGUGUUUAUUAACGGCCUCCCUCUUCACUGGGAGGAAGAUCAUGUGAGGGAGCGGUUGAAAUCUUACGGUGAAAUUGUAAAAAUUGUUUUGGCGAGAAAUAUAUCUACAGCUAAGAGAAAGGAUUAUGGAUUUGUGGAUUUUUCUACACAUGAAGCUGCUUUAGCUUGUGUUGACGGUGUAAAUAAAUCAGAAUUGGGAGACGGGGCAUCAAAGAUAAAAGUGAGAGCUAGGCUUUCAAACCCUUUCCCUAAAAUGCAGGCUGUCAAGGGUGACAUGUGUGGUGGCCUCCGCAUUGGCCAGGCUAGGAGUGAAGCUUACCCAAGAUCAGAAAUAGGUUUUGGGCGAGGGCGAGGAAGACAUCCCUUCAAUAACAGGGGAAAUUUCAAUAGGGGCAGGAGUUUUUAUCAUCACGGGGGGCGCAGUCAAAUUGGAAGGGGUUUUUGGGACGACCCUGAUUUUAGUAUGCAUCCGGAUUUCCAUCAGCGGCAAUUCGGUCCACAAGGAGCUAUGGGGGGUGGACAUUAUGCAGGUAGUCUAGGUGGUGCUCCAUUUGCUGGUCCAUCUAGACAUUAUUAUGAUAGAGAAUGGUAUGGUUUCCCUGAUGGAGGCCCCGGUGAGCCGAUUCUUCCAAGAAGGCCAUACUCUCCAGGUGGACGGUUUUAUGGCAUCCCUGACGGAGGUCCUGGUGAGCCUAUUCCUCCAAGAAGGCCAUACUCUCCAGGUGGACGGUUUUAUGGUAUCCCUGAUGGAGGCCCUGGUGAGCCUAUUCCUCCAAGAAGGCCAUACUCUCCAGGUGGACAGUUUUAUGGUAUACCUGAUAGAGGCCCUGGUGAACCUAUUCCUCCAAGAAGGCCUUAUUCUCCAGGGGGACAGUUUGACGUGCCUUUUAUGGGAAGGCAUGUUGAUGAUCCAUAUCUAUACGAGGACAAUAUGCGUGGAAUAAAACGGCCAUUUUAUAUGACCGACCCUGAACCUGAUUACAUGGGGCCUAAUAGACUUCGCCCACGAUUUGAUUAUGCAGAUCCAUCUAUAUUUCACGGAGCUCGAUACCAUGAUUAUGCCGGUGCUGGCAGCAGGCAGUACCCUAAUGACUAUUAUGGUUCUCAUUUGCAGCAUGGAAGAGGUCCACACUCAUCUUUUUAUGGGGGCGAUGGUCUACAUGAAGACAGAUACUAUUAUUAG